GAAAAAAAAAAAAAAAAAAAAGGAGAAGGCAGCAGGCGGUGGGACAUAGUAACGGAAACAAAACAAGCUAAAACACACACACUUCAACAAAUCUUUCGGGAGGAGCGCUCCAUUUUUGGCUCGUUCCCACGGGGACGAACAGUAACCCAUACGACUUUAAAAUUGCAGCGCAGAAAAAAAAAAGCCGCUACCCUGGCGUAGGUAGCUAGGCUGCUGGAGAGCUCUUCGAAGUAGCUAAGCUAGCCGUGUGCUUAGGCAGGGGUGGGGAUUCAUUGGUGAGCCUUCCGAACUGGGACAGACUUGAGCAGAAAUCCACUAGAACAUCGCCGGGCUCGGAGCUCCGCGUAUAGACUAUCUUGGCCCCGCCACACGCGGAUGGGACCCGGUUCUCCUCGGCGGCCGUCGGAACGCUGAGGUUCGCGCCGGAAAAUUUGAAGCCGGAGGAAAUUAUUCUUCUUGUGUUCUUUUUAUGAAGUAGCUGAGUGCUAGUAGCGAGUAGUUAGCCGACUAAACCGGCCGCAGGCCAUAAUGGACUGAGGAGAGGCGGCCAGGUCCGCUGGAACACGGACAACAACAUUCCCGACAGGCCGACACCCUCGAGCAGCCGGUGGAAACGCGACAUCCGGACCAUGCAGGGCUUCGAGAGGCUCCCUGCUCCUCACUGGAAUGACUACAAUUAAUAUAUGAACGAAAAAAGAAGAGGGGAAAAUUGAGUAGUGUAGUCUAGCGAAUCCCGACGACGACGCCGGUCGAGUCAGUUAUUAGUUUUCUUAAGUACAUAUUUAAACUUGUGAAAAACUUGGGAGAGAAUAAGAAAAAAACAGAAAUUAAUUGAAAGAAAAAAAAAUGUCUAGUGCGAAGGAGAACCCGUGUAGGAAAUUCCAGGCGAACAUCUUCAACAAAAGUAAAUGUCAGAACUGCUUCAAGCCCCGGGAGCUGCACCUCCUCAGCGACCAGGACCUCAACCAGGCCAAACCUAUUUAUGGAGGCUGGCUGUGUUUGGCCCCCGAGGGGACAGAUUUUGACAAUCCGGUGCAGAGAUCAAGGAAAUGGCAGCGGAGAUUCUUCGUGCUCUAUGAACAUGGCUGUUUGCGGUUUGCUCUGGACGAAUCACCAAGCACCCUGCCUCAGGGAACAGUGAAUAUGAACCUGUGUACAGAUGUCAUUGAUGCUGAACCAAGGACCGGACAGAAGAACGCAUUGUGCAUCAUCACACCGGAUCAAGAAUACUACAUCCGUGGGGAAAACAAAGAGAUAAUUAAUGGGUGGAGUGAGCAAUUGGUGGUGUACCCAAGGACCAACAAGCAGAAUCAAAAGAAGAAGCGCAAAGUAGAGCCCACCACUUCACAGGAGCCUGGCCCUGCGAAGGUUGCUGUGACUGGCUUGGGGAUCCCAGAGGCUGAGAAAAUUCCAGAUUCGCGCUCCAUGAUAUGGCAAGAAGAACUCCACAACAAAGAGGCAGAUGUGGGGCCAGCCUGGCCCUCGGCUGAUGUUGUGCCACUCAGCACGCCUCUGUCCCCAACAGGUGAGGGGAUCCCUGUGGACCUCAACUCUGAUGGUGGUUCUAUCAAUGGUGACGAAGUGGACCGUGGUGGGCUCCCCUUGCACACCACCAGCCCACAGCACCCCCUUGACAUCCUCUCACCAGCAGGCAGCACCUCCAGCCGUCACAGCGGGGAGCUGGGUGGGGUUCCACGGUGUCUUUCCCCAGCCCCCAGUGACCCCUUCCCAUCAGGCAGCAGCCUGCUUUCCAAUGGCUCCCACAUCAGUGGCUCCAUGAGCUCCCUGGACUCAGAUGCCAGUGGUAGUACUGUGACCAGCACGGAUAGCCAUGUAGCUGAGCCAGCACCUGGCUGGGGCCAUCGCGUGGCUGGAGCCUAUGACGCUCCACGCUCGCGUCGCCUUGAGGUAGAGUCACGCAAGGCUGAGAAGCGCAGUCGCAUUCAUAGCCCUGACCUGCAGGGCAGUGAGCGGCACCCAAACCCAGAGACAAGUCGCUCUAAUGUGAUAGAGAAGUUGGAGGCUCUGGAGCUGGAGAAUGCAGAGAGGAUGGAAGUGGAGGAGGCCAGCUGUGGCAGUCUUAGACAAGGCCGUAGUGAGACACGACGCUUCCAGAGGGAGGAGAAGAAACAUGAUUUGCCACAGGGUUUAGAUUUCACCCGUUCAACUCUACCACCUCUAAGAAGAGCUAAGUCACUUGACCGAAGAACCACGGAAUCUGUUAUGACACCAGAUUUGCUGAAUUUCAAAAAAGGGUGGAUGGUGAAACUUGAUGAGCAGGGACAGUGGAAGAAAUAUUGGUUCGUUUUGACUGACCACAGCCUUCGAUACUACAAGGAUUCUAUUGCUGAAGAGGCCUCGGAUCUGGAUGGGGAGAUUGACUUGACUACCUGCUUUAAUGUUACUGAAUACCAGGUUCAGAGGAAUUAUGGCUUCCAGAUUCAUACACAAGAAGCUGUGUACACACUGUCAGCCAUGACAGCAGGGAUACGCCGGAACUGGAUACAGGCAGUGAUGAAGAAUGUGCGACCUUCCACUGCUCCUGAUGUUGCUAGUCUGACGGAUGAUCAUGGACCUUGUGGCCCAUUGGAAAGUCUUCUGAAGCCUGACAUAACGCAGGACUCCCUCUCUUCUGAAACCUCCUCUGUUGAGCGGGAACCAGGCCUAAAGAGGAGUCGUGCCCGGGACCGGAGACGAGAGGGACGCUCAAAGACUUUUGAUUGGGCUGAGUUCCGCCCUAUUGCCCAGGCACUCGCCCAGCAGCGGGCACGGGAGGCUGAUGCUGUUCAGGCUGAGCUUGGUGAUAUAGAGCGCAACCGACGGCGAGAGGAGCGCAGGAAGAGGUAUGAGUCAGUCACAGGGUCUUCGUUGGAACCCACUGGGGUGGUCCUUGAGAGCAGUAGCCAUGGGGAUGUAGCUGCACCCUUGCUAGAGCGGCAGAAAAUGAUGCAGGAAGAGAUUGAACAGCGCUGGCAGCAGGUGGAGAGAACACCCAUCCGAGAGGAGCGCCGGGUUCCUUUGUCCAUAACACAGGCCAGGGCCACAGCUGAGCUGGAAAAUCUUCUGGAAAGCUACAAACAGUCAGUAGAAGAGCUGAAACAGCAGCUGGACAACUGUCACCAGCAGCUGAUAGAGUCAAACCACCACAAGUUGGAGCUGGAGGUCCAGCUGAAGACAGCUCUAGAGCGCGAGCAGCAGAUCCGCACUGGAUACAUCUCCCCGCUGGAUCCUCCUUUGGGUCUUGAGGCUGAACUGGAAUCCCAGAAGAAGAGACAAGAGCUGGUUAGUUCUCAAGCUCAGAACUUAAAAAAGAAGUACCAGGAAACAAAAGAGCUCCUGCAGCAGCAAGAACUGAAAAAGCGCAGCAUGCAGGCUCAGCUUGGCCUUUCGCUCUCACCUCUGUCUACCAAAGAACCCUCCUUCUCCAAUGUCCAAAGCUCAGCCAUUUUGCAAAGUGAUCCUUUUGAGUCUGACCACACAAAAACGAUUUGCAUCACAUUGCAAGAUGCUGCUGGAACAAUUCAGGAGGUAGAGGACUUGAUUUCGGGCAAUCCUUUAACUUUGAAAGGGUUGCUGCAGUUGCUGGGCUCCCAUGGUGAGCUCCAUCAUGGAGAUUUCUUCAAUAGUAUGGGUAUCAGUAACCAGAUAUCUGUAGGCGACAGGCCCCGUGGUUCAAAGCUGACAGGAAGUCUGAAAUACCAGCAAGAAUCUGAGGAUGGCCUUUUGAAGAAUUCAGGUGUCCAUGAUUAUGACGUGCACUUCUUAAGCAUGGAAGGUUUGUUAGAGAGGGCACAGAGGCAGAAGAUGGAAAGCUUGAAGAGCCCUUAUGGGCCACUGUGCCAGAUCGAAGAACACUCAGAAGCUAAUGAGGUCACCAUCAGGAAACUGUCCCAGAAGUUGGAGCUGCUUAUGAAUGAGAAUGAGGUGUUAAACCAGCGCUAUCAAGAAAUCAUGAAUCAGUUGACAGAGGCUGACAGGGAGAUAGAGAGACUGAAGGAACAGCUUUUUGAUCAGCAAGGUGGGCACGAAUAUCAGAUGGUCAUGGAGGAACUAAAUAAAAUGAAAGUCCACCUGACAGAGAGGGAAGCUAGCUCUAUUGACAAGGAGUUUUAUGAGAGAGAGCUAAACAAGAAGUCACAAAAGCUUCAAGAAGCCCUCCGUAGACUAGAGGUGCUAGGUAACAACUUGAAGGACACAGAAAGGAAGCUGCAGCUCAAGGAAGCAACACUGAGUGGUCUUGGCUUCCAAAUGGGUAAGGAAAUCAACCAUGAGUUGCUCCUAGAAGAAAAGGCACAGCUCCACCAUCAGCUACAAGCCACGGAGGCAAAACUUUCUGAAGUAGAGAAGCAGCUUCGCUCUGCAGAGCUGUCCUGCCAUGAUCUUCAGGCCCAGAAUGCAGAGCUCAGAGUGAGCAACCAGGAAACAGGAAAAGUACAUAGUCAGAAGUUUUUAGAUAUGCAGAGUGAUGUGAUGCUGAAAGAGAAGGCAGUGAGAAAGUCAGAGGAAGGGGAAAGGGUAAUAAUUAGCUAUAAAGAAGCAGGUUUUGAGAGACUUCUUUCAGAUGAAAAAAGUAUGCAGCAGGUGAUUGAAGAUAUAAAGAUCAAGUCAGAAGCACUUAGCAAAGUAUCAGAAGUGUUAGGAAAGGUAGACAUGAAUGUUGAAAGGACACUGAAUGAGUUGAUCAGCAGUGUGUCUAGUCAGAUGCCUUCUGAUGGGCAGGAGCUUGUUGACAUGAAUGAAGUGGUGAUGAGAAAGUUACUUCUAGAAGGGGAAUUUUGGGGGAGGUUAUUAAAUGUGUUGGUCAGCUCACCUCAGUCAAAUGAAUGUGAGUUUGCAGACAGCUUUCUGCAUGAUGUUGCAGAGCGCAUGAUAGUAGAGAAGCGAAUGUUAGUUUUAGCCAGCAAGCUUUUCUCCCUACCUAAAAAGGAACGACAUGGAAUCGGCCUGAAAGCUGUCGAAGCAACAGACACAACCAAGUCUCAUGAAAGCUUUGAAGUGUGUGAAAACACUGAAAACAAAAUUGUUGAAGCAGACAGCAAGGACAUUUCCAGUUGGUGCAGCUGGCUUGAUGAUGACACUAAUAAACUAAUAAAAAAAGAUCUCAUGGAAACUUUACAAGGGAAAGUUUUCUUGCUGAACCAAAUUCUCUCUGCCAUUCAAACCUCCACCUGUUCAAACAAUGAACUGCAGUCAUUGGUAUUAAGGCUAUGUGACUUUGAGAACCGAGAGAAAGGGUGGUUUGGUUAUGUACAAGAUGCAGUUAUGGAAGCACACUCAUCUUACCUGAUAAGCCGGCUGGAUGUACAGAGGAAAGUACUUAAACAGAUGAUGUUGCAAGGGUCAUGUGCCACUGAAACAGGCUGUCAGAACUAUGCCAAACUACUGAGGGAAAAUAAAGAACUCAGAACCAAACUGGAAAACAUGCAAAAAAAGGUUUUGGAGAACAAAGGCCCAAAGACUGAGGUAGACAAGCCAGUGACACACAUCCAUAUUGAUGGUGAGCCCAUUGACUCGUUAGAUAAGGCCAUCCAGUUGCAGGACAUGGUGGCCAAACAUAAGAAAGAGCUUCGGGAAGUGAAGGAUGCCUAUGAACAGGAGACAGAGAAACUGAGGCUUGAAGUUGCUAGAGCAGGAGAGACCCUCCGGCUGAGAUCAGAGGAGAAUGUGAAGGAGAUUGACUCCCUAACCAUCUGUAUGGAGAACCUGAAGAGGAAACAUGAGAUGGAGAGGAAAGAUAUGGAGGAGCACUUCAAUAAGGAAAUUGAGGCGCUGAGAAGCACAGUGGCUCCAGAUGGAGAAGACAUUUCUGAGCCUGGCAGGUUGCAUUCGAUGUCCUCUCUGAAAGAGCGAAUACAAGAGCUAGAGGGCCAGGUCUCCAUCAUGACUGAGGAGAUGAAACGGCGCGAGUGCGAAGGUCACGCAGCAUCUCUGCGAUUGAAAUACAAGAAAGACCUGGAAAAACUGAAGGACACUUGUGAGCGAGGCUUUGCUGCCAUGGAGGAGUCACAUCAGAAGGUGAUCGAGGAGCUUCAGCGCAAGCACCAACGCGAGCUUGAGAACCUUCAGGAGGAAAAAGAUAGGCUUCUGGCUGAAGAGACAGCUGCCACUAUUGCUGCGAUUGAAGCCAUGAAAAACGCACACCGCACAGAGCUUGAGAGGGAGCUGGAAAAAGCACGGAAAGCAAACAGCAGCACAGAAAAUGCAGAUAUUGAAGAAAUCCGUAAACAGCAUGAUGAGGAGCUGUCAUCCUUCCAGAGAGAGAUCGAGGUGUUGUCGGAGCAGUACUCCCAGAAGUGUCUGGAGAAUGCCCACCUGGCACAGGCCCUGGAGGCUGAGAGGCAGGCACUGCGCCAGUGUCAACGAGAGAACCAGGAGCUCAACGCACACAACCAGGAGCUCAAUAACCGUCUCGCAGCAGAGAUAACAAAACUACGGUCAAUGACCAGUGAGGAUGGUGGUGAUUCCUGUACCAUGAUCCAUGGGAAGGAAGUAUAUGAGCUUGAGGUCAUGCUGCGGGUGAAGGAAUCAGAGGUACAGUACUUGAAGCAGGAGAUCAACUCCCUGAAGGAUGAGCUGCAAGCUGCUCAGAGAGACAAGAAGUAUGCAACGGAUAAAUACAAAGACAUCUACACGGAGCUGAGCAUAGUGAGAGCCAAAGCAGAACGUGACCUGGGAAGGCUGAGGGAGCAACUGCAGCUGGCCCAUGAGGCACUGGGCGAGUCCUCGCUGGAGGACGUGGAGCGCGGCAGCUACGAUAUCAUGAAGUCUAAAAGCAAUCCAGACAUCUUGAAGAUGGCCGCGGCAGCUGCUAAACGCUCAGAGCGGACGAUGAGGUCAAAGAGUUUGAAGGAGGGCCUCACCGCUGAGCAGAGACUCCACUUGUUUGACAACAAGGAAACGAAGGAGUUUUAACAGAAGAAUCAACAACCAUUGCUGCAUGUUAGAGAAACUAUAUUUUAGCCAUUGUAAUUCAUCUAGAAAUACACCUGUCACAUGAGUCCUAUAUUAAAUUUGGUAUGGAAUUUUUUUUAAUUUUUAAUGUCUAGAAUCUGCAUUCCAUGCACUACAGUUACUGUGACUAUUUUCCAUUGGCACGUCUUACUGUAAAUAUUGUGUUUUUAAUGGAGCAUCUAUCAUACAUAAUCUAAACACUACUGUGUAAGCUACUGUUUUAAACAUGGUCUUAGUAUAUGUGAAUAGCCAAAGGAAUGUCUAUUCGUAAUGCCUAAUUAUCAAAACAUAUUGAAAAUUGAAUAUUACUUCAUAAACAAUGGUAUCAAAAGUCUUGCCUUCAGCCUGGCGUGUAAUGAUAGGUCUGAUUAGUGUGCACAUGUUAAAGCCUACUCCUGACCCCCUUAUCAUCUUAGUGCAGAUGUUUGCUGGCUUUCUAAACAAGCUUUUGGAACAUUUGCCUGCAUUACUUUACAAGUGUAACAAGGCUAACCUGAGUUUUCCUUGUUAGCCUGACUCAUGUUGGCUUGUAUAUGGUUCUUAACAUCUUAGUGUAACUUUUAAGGAAAAAGAAGAAAAGACCCAAGAAGGCAAUGUCUAAAUUUACUUUGAUAGUCUCACUGUUAUAGUAAUAUAAAUUUAUAUUUCUUUCUAUAAUCAUAAUGGUUCACUCCGCUGUAAGUUGGUUAUGUUUGUAGUGUUGGUCAGUGGCAGUCCCUUUGUAUUUAUUUAAAUAUUUUUGAAAUUGAUUCAUGUUUAAUUUCUCUGUUCUGUCAUUGUAAAUAUACAGCAAAUGUAUACCAACUGACUACAGGUUUAUUAGCAAUAAAUAUUUUUGC